UUCAGAUGCAGUGAUUUCCAAUUGAAGAGAGAGAGAGAGAGAGAGAGAGAGAGAGAGUUCUCUGCAACCCGGCGUUUGAUAUCUCCGGCGCCGACGAUGGCAACGCUCAGUUCCUUGUUCAACCGAUCUAGUUUCGGAGUCCGAUGCAAGACCUGUCUGAAUUUGGCCAUCUCUUGAAUCAAAUUGCUGCGUAAUAAGAGAGAGGCGCAACUGAAACAUAUGCACAAAGAAAUUUCACAAUUUCUUCAGACUGGACAAGAAGCUAUUGCUCGCAUCUGACUUUUAGGUGGAGCAUGUCAUACGCGAACAAAACAUAUUGGCCGCCUAUGAUAUUCUAGAAUUGUUCUGCGAGUUUAUUCUUGCACGUAUUCCUAUUCUUGAUACCCAAAGAGUAAAACCCUAAUUCCCAAAUUCGGUUUUCCCUUCCCGCGAUCGCCAUUGGCCGCGAUGGCCAUGGGGAUGGUGCGUCGUGAAGAGAAGCUGCGAUGUACCAAGGAACCCUUCAUCGAGGAUGUCGGGCCUCGGCGAAUAAAAAGCCUUCGUUUCAGCAUGUUUUCUGGCGAUGAGAUACGGAAGUUGGCAGAGGUCCAGGUCUGGAACAACAAGCUCUACAAUGAGAGUGCUAAACCUGUUGAUCAUGGCAUUCUUGAUGCUCGGAUGGGACCUGCAAACAAAUCUGGAGUUUGUGCUACAUGUCAUGGAAAUUUUACUGAAUGUCCUGGACACUUUGGCUUCUUAAAGCUCAUGCUUCCCGUUUUUAAUGUUGGCUAUUUUAAUCUUAUCCUAAAUGUUUUGAAGUGCAUCUGUAAGAGGUGUGGCAGGGUACUUCUCUCAGAAACUGAGCGCAAACAAUUUUUGAAGAAAAUGAGAAAUUCCAAGGCAGAAGUUCUUCAAAAGAAUUUGUAUAUGAAGAACAUACGGGACAGGUGCAAAGGUCCUCGGUGCAACAAUUGUGGCUAUGUGAAUGGUGUGGUGAAGAAAGCUAGAGGUCCAUUGGCUAUUGUGCAAGAUUUUGGUAAAAUGCUUGAUAAAGGUUCAGAUGAGUGCCGUGCUGCAUUAUCACAUCUAAGAGGAAAUCAGUCUUCCCAAGUGCUUCAUGUUCUUACUCCUCUUACGGUUCUCUCACUUUUCAAAAAGAUGCUUGAUGAGGAUUGUGAAUUGUUGAAUCUUUAUGAUAGGCCAGAAAAGCUUAUUGUGACAGACAUAGCGAUACCACCUCUAGCUAUACGCCCUUCUGCUUUUGUUGAUUUUGGAAGAUCAAGCAAUGAGGACAGCCUUACUAGCAUUUUGAGGCUUAUAAUUAACACAAAUUCUUUUCUUCGGGAGGAACUUGAAGGUUCUGGCUAUUUAUUCAAAUGUUGGGAAAUCUGGGCUCACCUUCAAACUCAGGUUGUUGAAUAUAUUAAUAGUGAAGCACCUUCUCUCACUGAGUCAAAGCAUCGUGGUCUUAUACAACGGCUUAAAGGAAAGCAAGGACGUUUUCGUGGCAACUUAUCGGGGAAGCGUGUUGAAUAUACUGCAGCGACGGUCAUUUCUCCCGAUCCAAAUUUGAAAAUCACGGAGGUUGCAAUUCCUAUAUUAGUAGCCAAGGUGCUAACCUUCCCAGAAAGAGUUUCUUGUCACAACAUAGAGAAACUAAGACAAUGUGUUCGGAAUGGUCCAUUCAAAUAUCCAGGUGCCAAUUUUGUUGUGCUUCUGGAUGGUACAAGGCUGCACUUGAAGUAUGGUGAGAAGAAAAAUGUUGCUGCUGAACUGAAAUAUGGCUAUAUUGUGGAAAGGCAUCUGGAAGAUGGAGAUGUGGUUCUAUUUAACAGACAACCAAGCUUACAUCGAAUGUCAAUUAUGGCUCACAGGGCAAGGAUAAUGCCAUGGAGGACACUGAGGUUCAACGAGUCUGUUUGUAAUCCGUAUAAUGCUGAUUUUGAUGGUGAUGAGAUGAAUUUACAUGUUCCUCAAACAGAAGAAGCUCGUACAGAAGCUCUCAUGCUUAUGGGGGUCAAAAACAAUCGUGUACACCCAAAGAAUGGGGAAAUACUAGUGGCUUCAACACAAGAUUUCUUGACCUCAUCUUAUCUCAUCACAGAAAGGGACACCUUUUAUGACAGUGCUACCUUCUGUCUUUUGUGCUCAUAUAUGGGUGAUGGAAUGGAAUCAAUUGACAUACCUAGCGCCCUGACUUUAAUCAAGCCUGUUGAACUUUGGACUGGAAAGCAGCUAUUCAGUGUUCUUGUACGGCCUAAUGCAAAUACAAGAGUCUAUUUGAAUUUUACUGUCAAAGAAAAAAUCUUCAGUAAACCUGAUAGAGUUUGCCUGACAAUGUGUCCACGAGAUGGCUAUGUCUAUUUUCGGAACAGUGAACUCAUAUGUGGGCAACUUGGGAAAGCUACCCUAGGAAAUGGCAAUAAAGAUGGACUUUUCUCUGUUCUCCUUAGAGACUACAAUUCACAUGCUGCUGCGAGUUGCAUGAAUCGUUUAGCUAAAUUGAGUGCUAGAUGGAUUGGAAAUCAUGGCUUCUCAAUUGGCAUUGAUGAUGUACAACCAGGAGAAACUCUUAACCAGCAGAAGAAAAAGGAAAUAAAUGAUGGAUAUAGGGAAUGCCAUGAAUUUAUAUCCUUGUAUGGCGAGGGGAAAUUGACUCUGCAGCCAGGCUGCAAUGCUGCUCAAACUUUGGAAGUUAAGAUAACCGGUGUCCUGAACCAAAUCAGGGCAAAAGCGGGUGAUGUUUGUAUGCGUGAACUUCAUUGGAGGAACAGUCCCUUAAUUAUGUCACAGUGCGGAUCUAAAGGCUCUCCAAUUAAUAUCAGCCAGAUGAUUGCAUGUGUUGGUCAACAAUCAGUUGGUGGGCGUAGAGCACCCAAUGGGUUCAUAGAUCGUACUCUUCCCCACUUUCCCAUAAACUCAAAAACACCUGCUGCUAAGGGCUUCGUGGCUAAUUCAUUUUACACUGGAUUGACGGCUACAGAGUUUUUCUUCCACACAAUGGGUGGUAGAGAAGGGCUUGUGGAUACUGCGGUGAAAACUGCAGAAACAGGAUACAUGUCUCGUAGAUUAAUGAAAGGCUUGGAAGAUCUUUCUGUUCAUUACGACCAGACUGUGCGCAAUGCUAGUGGAGGGAUAGUUCAGUUUGUCUAUGGAGACGAUGGCAUGGAUCCAGCUAAAAUGGAAGGGAAGGAUGGCAUUCCCUUAAAUCUUGAUCAGUUGUUUAUGAAAAUUAUGGCUACAUGUCCUGCUAGAGAUGAGGAUGCUUUAUCACCUUCAGAGAUAUCAGAAGUUGUGGAUAACAGAUUCUCAAAGUAUGAUGUGUCUCCUGAGGGUGGUUGCUCUUCUGCAUUCAAGAAAUCAUUGUCAGAUUUUCUCAACAAUCGUGUGGCUGCUUUCAAGAAAACUAGAAGUGCAUUACAACUUGAUGAAAAUUAUGUUGGGAGCCGAAAUUCUAACAAAAUUGAAAAUGUUGCUGCUAAUAUAGCUGGAAUAACAUCCAAACAAUUAAAGGAGCUGCUAUUGGAGCCAUUGGAGCUCAGAGAGUAUGGGAGAACCAGGAACACUAAAUGA